AUGGCAUAUGCAACAUCAGCCACACAAAUCCCACAACAUGUCACAGCUCUCCUUUCACAUCUUACAUCGCGCCCUGGCGUACAAUCCACUUUCAUCCUUUCCCGCAAAGACGGCUCCAUAAUCCAAAGCACUGGACUCUUCGCCUCAACGCCACCGAGGAAUAGCACGACGAGCGCGACACAAACACCGCCAGCAACGGACGAUGCAAACGGCACUACUCCCCCUCCUGCGGAGUCAUUGGAUCCUUCUUCGCCCGCCGGCGCAAACACAUCACCAGCCCCUACCGCCCAGAAACCAUACCAGCCGUCUCAGGCGGAGGCUCUAGCGGCGCGGAUCUUUGCUUUCGUCUCGAGUGCGUCGGAGCUGGGGAUGACGCUGUCAUGUCCGCGCGCGGAGGACAGGGAUAGCUAUCAGACUGGACUGAACGGGUCGUCUGGGGUGGGAGAUGGUGGGACGAGAGACGAUGCGAGGACGGAGGGUGUGGACAGGGAGGAGGACGACGAGGUUAAGCUGCUCCGGCUGAGGACUAAGAAGCAUGAGAUUGUGGUCGUGCCGGAUAGGAAGUAUCUCCUGUGUGUGGUGCAUGAUGCUGCGCAUGCGUCGGGAGGUUUGGGGGCCGCGGGGGUGCGCUCUAGAUGA